CGUGGGUCCCCUAGGCCGAGCGACGGUCGCCCCGGGCUGUUCUGCGGGGUUGAUCCUACGGGAGCCGGGUGGACCGUGGCCUGGCCUGAUCCCGCGCGUCAGGGCCCUGCCCGGGGCUCGGCCGCCUGGGGCUGCUGCCCUGGACUGCACCGGCUGUGUGGAGCCCGCCCUGCGCACAGCGGGGACCUCCGGCCAUUGGCGGGUCUGGCCGAAAGCAUCGCAGUGCCCGCCGCCUGUCUGGGUCGGUAGGGGGCGGCGGGACUCGAUGCCGGUGCCCGGCUGGGUGAUGCGGGCCUCGCAGCCGGCGGGGGAUGCGCAGUGAGUGGCCGCCCUUGGGCGGCGGGAUCCGGAACGUGACUGAACCCCUGAGAGCUGCAAUUCUGCAGGUGCCAAAGGGAGUUAAAUGCCUGAAUCCUAUUGCGUUUCAAUGGCUGUUAAGCGCCAAACUCGGGUUCUUGGAGAUCCCAGCCUGAAAAUUAACUUCAGGACAUAAUGGGGACAAUCAAAAGAGAUCUUGCUUCAGGAAUGAAUCAUGGGUCCUCAUUCUUUUUUGCCAUUUGCCACAAAUUUGCGCUUUCACGUGUGCAGCAAGUCACAAGCAGCAUUACCAGUUCUUGCCAUUUUACUACAAACCUUGCUGGAGUUGACUGAUUAUGUGAGACUCUCAUGGUUUUGGGUUGGCGAGUGGCUGCUAGUAUUGCCUGGUCAAUACUACUACUACCUCUGUGUACGGCAGUCUUCAUAAGUAUUAGCAGCAUUGACUUGUUUCAUCCUGUACAAUGGAUUUCAAAUUCAUUCAAUGAUUGGUAUACUUCCUAUGUCAUCUUUUGUAUCCUUCUUAUGUCAGUGGUGAUACUGAUAAUAAGCAUCUUCAAUGUUGAAUUUUAUGCAGUUGUGCCUUCUAUUCCCUGCUCUCGAUUAGCACUGUUAGGAAAGAUUAUUCACCCACGGCAAGUUAUCCAUUCAGUUGUUCAUGCUAUAAUGGGAAUGCUGAUGGCAUGGUGUGCUGCAGUUAUGACUAAGGGGAAGUUCCAGUUCCUUGCUUUACCCUGCACAGCUUCAGAAAGCCUAGAUGGUGCUGUUCAACACAUGUGCCUAAAUGAGUAUCACCUCUUCCUCCUGCUGUCUGGAGCUUUCAUGGGCUACAGUUAUAGUCUCUUGUACCUUGUUAACAAUAUGAACUAUUUGCCAUUUCCAAUUAUACAGCAAUACAAGUAUUUACGUUUCAGAAGAUCUUUGCCCCUGCUGGUUAAACGUAGUUGUGUGGAAUCACUGUACUUGGUUAGAAACAUCUGUGUUGCAUAUUAUUUUUUUGGUUACAUUCCAAGAGCAUGGAUAAGUACCACAAUGGACCUUCAUACAGAUAGUAAACUUCAUCCUCUUGACACACUUACUGGUCUUCUGGAUCUAUCCUUGCUCUACCAUACCUGGUUAUGUGGUAUAUUUCUUCUCAUUACUUGGCACAUUGCAUGGCUACUCUUCAAAAUCUAUGCUACAGAGGCACAUCAUUUUCCUGUUCAACCAACUUUUGCUGAGGAAACAGACCAAUGCCUGCCUAAAAUCUUAAACAGCAAUCCUCCCCUUAUUAUAAAGUUCUUGGCCUUACAGGACUUGAUGUUACUUUCCCAGUAUUCUCCUGUGCGACGACAAGAGGUCUUCAGCCUCAGUCAGCCAGGUGGGCAUCCUCACAACUGGACAGCAAUAUCAAAAGAGUGCUUGACUCUUUUGAGUGACUUGACGCAGAAGCUGAUUAUGCAGCAGGAAGCUGCAGCUACAAAUGGGAGAGUGAAACAGCCAUCUACAGGAGAAGUAGGAAGAUCCCUGAGAUCUUCAGCAGCUGUUACAGAAGAAAUGGCCUUCCAGACACAGAGAUAUAAUGUCGUUUCGAGAGCCCACAUACCUUCCCUGGUUAAAUCAUCCCUCUUGCCUCUAAAGGCAUUGUCUACAUCUGAUCUUGGAAGCUCUUUUGGUUCACCUCUCAGUUCUCCUGCUCUAAAUCACAAGGCUGGAAUUCUGGAUUUAAACUCUCCUUGGCAUGGAUCAGUCCAAAGUCCUCAUGUUAUGAGAAGAGGACCAAAGCUGUGGACAUCAAGUUCAGAUCUGCAAAUGAAUGGCUCUCCUCAAGCGUCCUUCCCUGUGAUCUCUGUUGCAAGAGUUGGUAAUGAAGCAAUACAACCAAGCUUUAUUUAUACAUGGCUCCAGAACAAGCAAGAGCAGGUUAGGAGUUUCUUGUCAAAACGAGUGCUGAUAAUGUAUUUCUUCAGCAAGCAUCCAGAGGCCUUGAUCCAGGCUGUCUUUUCUGAUGCCCAAAUGCACAUUUGGGCAUUAGAAGGUCUAUCUCGUUUGGUAGCUGCCUCAUUUACUGAAGACCGAUUUGGAGUUGUCCAAACUACACUGCCAGCUAUUCUGAAUACCUUACUGACUCUUCAGGAGGUGGUAGAUAAGCAUUUCAAGCUGCCCCAUGCUUCCAGCAAACCACCCAGGAUUUCGGGAAGUCUGAUGGAUACCUCCUACAAAACGCUACGAUUUGCGCUUAGAGCAUCCCUGAAAACUGCGAUAUACCGGGUCACUACUACUUUUGGAGAACAUCUAAAUGCAGUUCAAGUGUCUGCAGAGCAUAAGAAAAGACUUCAGCAGUUCUUGGAGUUCAAAGAAUAGUUAAGUAAAUUAAAUAGGUUACGUUGCUGAUACAGCUACAGAUGGACAGUACAUGUUUAGCAUUCUUGAACUGGAAGAAAGUGGAACUAAUUAAUCAGUCUUCCUGUCUUGUUUGGUGGCCUUUUCAAAAAGUGUAUUUUAAAUGUAAAUCAUGGAAUUUUUCAACUGUUAGCAGAAUUACGAAAAAACUUCUGUUUGGAUCACUUUACUUGAUCUUUUGUAUAAUAAAGCUCUUUUUUUAAAAA